GGCCGCGCGGGCGCGCCCGUCACCAUGCGCGUGCCCGUGUGGGGCUCGGCCAUGCGCCACUGCCGCCUGCUCGACCACGCCACGCACGUCUUCUUCGUUCACUUCCUCGUGGACGCAGGCACGCUGUCCGGGUGCGUGCAGCUGUUCGGGUCGGCGGCGCAGGCGCGCGACAUCGAGUACCGCAUGGAGCUGGACGAGCGGCCGGGGCGCGGCGGGCGCGCGCACCACCAGCUGUACCAGCACCGGGACGCGAUGCAGAGGGUGGCCGACAUCCAGGAGCGCAUCAACUACUUCCAGGCUCGCCUGCGGCACAGUGUGUCCUCGGAGAGCGGCGGCGGCGGUGGCGGUGGCGGCGGCGGCCCGGGCAUCCUGGAGGCGUCGACGUGGACCUGGGCGCGCGUCCUGGGCGUGGACGAGGACCCCGAGCACGCGCUGCGGGGCGGGCGCGCGUGGCGCGUGGACCUGGGCCGGGCGCGCCGCCUAACCAGCCACUCGCGCUUCGCCAAGACGCGCGUCCGCGUCACCGUGCAGCCCGUCCUGCGCCCGGGGCAGUGAGAGCAGCGAGUAUUGUAAGACUUAAUGUUGUUCUGUACCCACGUUUUAUUUUUUUUAUACUACCGUGUAUUUACCAUGUGACUUUUUAAAAGGCUUUUAUAAAGGGACUAUUUCCCUCCUCUGCUAA